GAAGAAGUAGCAAACGGAAGUGAACAUUGAUCAAGAACAAUUUCCACGUUAGCGGUUUUUUGUUAUUUAGACAUUUAUUAACACCCUGGAACUCAAAAUAGGAUUAAUUUAACUGCACAGCAUAAUUUAUGUAUCCCUGGUAGUGUUUAAUUUGCGUUGAAGACAGUACUUGGUUGAUAUAGGUGAUAUAGUUCAUGAUAGUUAGCUGCUAACGUUAGCUAACAAUGGCUACCUGUAACUCAAACGUUAUGAUUUUUCACACUCAAAUAGCCUCCGUCAUGGAGGUACUAGCGAAUGCGGCCGUUGCAGAGAUCUGUAAACUCGUAGACGACGACUAUGCAGUGUUUCGUUUGGAAAUAACUCAAAGCCAGAAAGAAAACAGGGCAUUGCGGAGGAAACUACAGCUAAUUGAACUGAAGGUGGCACGGGAGCGCGCCGAGAGGACAACGCGAGAGCGCGUCUUCGCCAGUCGUCCCAGUAGUGUCAAGAUCCUCGACCGAUACAGAGGAAUGACAAGAGGUGAAGGACAUCUCACUGGAGGCCACAGGAGCUUUGUGAAACCAACGGGACACAAAACAUGGAGAGAUGACCAACCCAUAGCUAUAGAUGAGGGGAGUGGAACCUCAAACCAGCAUGUUAUCCUGAUAGAGUCUGCAGAUGCAGAGGCUGCUAGUCCUGGAGGAUCGUCUCUGGUCAAACAGGAGAGGACUGAAGGAGAGGAGGACCCACGACACAGCAGAGCCAUUCAGAUUGGAGCGGUUGGAGUGGCGCCCCCUGUAGCCACGGAGGACUUCGCCUCCGCGCCCCAUCCUAGGGCCCAAUGCAGCAUCACGGAGGAGGAGGGGGGUCCAGAGGUGCUGCUGGUGAAGGACGAGGGUCUGGGGAACCCUGAGGGGGAGGACAACCAGACUACACCUCCUCCUGAACCCACAGAGGAACCAGCUGAGCAGCACAGGACCACACACAGUCUCACUGAGUCAGUAGACAUGGAGGAUGGGAAGCCUGAUCUGCUGCUGGUCAAAGAGGAGACAAUAGAAGAUGAACCAGAGAGCAUUGACCUGCUGAGUGGAAUAAAGAUGGGGGAGCAAGGUGAUUGGCUGGAGGCUAACAGAGGGGACUGGGCAGCCCUUUUGAAUUCCCAGACCCAGACUGGUGUAGCCAAGGGCCCAGGGGACAACAUCAUUGAGCAGGGCAGAACCAGAGGCGACAUGGUGGAGGUCAGUGGAUGGGACAGCGUCUUCAACUCUGGACUUGGGAACAACACUGUUAACCAGAAACAGACAUUCGAACACAAAGCAACAGCUGAACUUAGUCUCUAUGACGACAGACUGUCUGAGACCAGGGAGAGGGGUAGAUUUGGUCUGCAAGGACGGGGGCGUGUCCGUAUGCAGCGGGAGAGAACAGACACAGACUCGGCUAGCGAUGCUCCGUCCUGCUCCUAUAGUUGUGAUUCAGAGAGACUGAUGGCGCCUCAGGUUAACCCCCUAAAAGGUGCAGCCUUCAGCCUGCCUUCUAUAGGAUCUAUCAACUGGAACAUGGACCCUGCAAAAACACAGACACUCCCUGGCCUUCAUCCUCCUCACACUCUCCUUAUGUUAAACCAGACCUCAGACAAUGCCAGUGCCUCAACACUAAAUGGCUACAUAUGCCCAUUGACAAAUGACAGUAGUGGUGACACUAUCAUCAGAUCCGGUGGCAAAGAGAAGCGCUUCCCAUGUUCAUUUUGUGGGAAAGCCUUCAAUUUCCGCAAACAGCUGGAGAUCCACCAGAGGAUGCACACAGGGGAGAAACCUUUCGGUUGUCACCUAUGCCGAGCAAGUUUCUCACACUCGUUCACCCUGAAGAGGCACCAGAGGGUCCACACAGGGGAGAAACCCUACACCUGCCCCCACUGUGAGAAGAGGUUCUCCCACCAGCACCAUCUGAAGAGGCAUUUGAAGGUCCAUACGGGAGAGAGGCCGUUCGCCUGCACUAACUGUGGGAAGAGGUUCUCAGACAGGAGCUACCUCAGGAUACACCAGCAGAAAAACCAUUCCCAUCUAUAACAUAGAAAGUAACUAUUCCACUCGAUAGCUUCUGAUGUUUAGAUCAGACCAUGCAUUAAAGACAAAUGCAUGUUUUGUUGUCAGCAGAAAAGAUCCACAAAUGCAUUUGGAAUAACAAGAGUAAUAGAUUUCAGAUUUUCAUCUAGACUUGUACAGUGCCUUCAGAAAGUAUUCACACCCAUUUACUUUUUUCACAUUGUGUUAUGUUACAAAGUGGGAUUAAAAUGGAUUUAAUUGUACUUUUUAUGUUAACAAUCUACACAAAAUACUCUUUAAUGUCAAAGUGUAAGAAGAAUUCUAACAUUUGUAAAACAUUUAUGAAACAUAAAACACUAAUAUACUGUAUCCUGAUUAGUAUUCAUACAGUGCAUUCGGAAAGUAUUCAAACCCCUUGACUUUUUCCACAUUUUGUUAAAUUAUAAUCUUAUUCUAAAAAUGGAUUCAAUUGUUUUUUUCCCCUCAUCAAUCUACACACAAUGCAAAAACAGGUUUUUUGAAAUUUUAGCACAUUUCAUAAAAUAUUUCUUAACUGAAAUAUCACAUUUACAAAAGUAUUUGUUGGAAGUUGAACAUUUGCCUCAGUUGGAGGUCCUGAGCGCUCUGGAGCAGGUUUUCAUCAAGGUUCUCUCUGUACUUUGCUCCGUACAUCUUUCCCUCAAUUCUGAUUAGUCUCCCAGUCCCUGCUCGCUGAAAAACAUCCUCACAGCAUGAUGCUGCCACCACCAUGCUUCACUGUAGGGAUGGUGGCAGGUUUCCUCCAGACAUGAUGCUUGGCAUUCAGGCUAAAUAGUUACAUCUUGGUUUCAUCAGACCAGAGAAUCUUAUUUCUCGUGGUCUGAGAGUCCUUCAGGUGCCUUUUGGCAAACUCCAAGUAGGCUGUCAUUAGGGCUGUGGCGGUCACCAAUUUUCGUCAGCUGGUGAUUGUCAAGCAAAUAACUCUCUGUCUCACGGUAAUUGACCGUUAAUUAACAUAGACACGUUUAGCAUCUCCUGGCUUCCACACAUAGCCUACAAGCCAAUGAUGCAGACCUUAGGAACAUCUACAUUUUAAAAAGCAUAAUAAAUCCAUGUAAUAAAGCCUACACCUUCACAAUAAAUAUAUUUAUUUUAGACAGGUCUAAAGAAGCAUGAUAUGAAGAAAAUGUAGUCUAUUUCACAAGAACAGAAUAGCAUACACGGAGUUGUCCUUAUGUUAGGUCCUGAUCUGGCUAUGCCAAUUGGGUGUGGGCUACACUAUUUCAUUUAUCAGACAAGAUUUGCUUAGAAUACCGUGGCAUUAUUUUAUAGUAUUAAGAAUACAAUUGAACAAAGCUGAAAAAAAUUAAGGAUAUUUUCUCAAUGAUUUGAGGGGGUGCGCACAUGCAGUUAUUCUGUGUUGAGCACUUAACAAAGAAAUAGGUAGUCCUAUAUGCUUAAUUUUGAGUUAUUAAUGUAACUUUAGUCGUCCUGCAAAUGUUGGGCUAUAUGUUUUGAUUUGUAAUAAAUUGUAAGGCUGCA